GUAGAGUUGUCAGAGCAGCAGCGAGCUAAGAUAACGGACUGGACGCUGUUGUCAUGUCAAGAGCAACCUGUCCCCUCACAACACAGGGCUGUUAACGAGGUCACCUCUCCACAUAUCCGCCUCUGGGUAGGGUCAGAAGAUAUAAACCUGGGAGCAGAGCACUAGAGUGAGAUGAAAUGACAACGUCAACAUUACAGAAAGCGAUUGAUCUUGUGACCAAAGCCACAGAGGAAGACAAGGCAAAGAACUAUGAGGAGGCCUUGCGACUGUACCAGCACGCUGUGGAGUAUUUCCUACAUGCCAUCAAAUAUGAGGCCCACAGCGACAAGGCGAAGGAGAGUAUACGAGCAAAGUGCAUGCAGUACCUGGACCGGGCGGAGAAACUUAAAGACUAUCUGAAAAAUAAAGACAAACAGGGAAAGAAGCCUGUUAAGGAGGCACAGAGCAAUGACAAGAGUGAUAGUGACAGCGAGGGUGAAAACCCAGAGAAGAAGAAACUGCAGGAGCAACUUAUGGGUGCCAUCGUAAUGGAGAAGCCCAAUGUCCGGUGGAAUGAUGUGGCUGGGCUGGAGGGAGCUAAGGAAGCUCUGAAGGAAGCCGUCAUCUUGCCCAUCAAAUUCCCUCACCUCUUUACAGGCAAGCGGACUCCGUGGAGAGGCAUCCUGCUGUUCGGCCCUCCGGGGACGGGGAAGUCGUACCUGGCUAAGGCCGUCGCCACCGAGGCCAAUAACUCCACCUUCUUCUCCGUCUCCUCCUCAGAUCUCAUGUCGAAGUGGCUGGGAGAGAGUGAGAAGCUGGUGAAGAACUUAUUUGACCUGGCUCGCCAGCACAAACCCUCAAUCAUCUUCAUCGAUGAAGUGGACUCUCUGUGCGGCUCCAGGAACGAGAAUGAGAGCGAGGCCGCCCGCCGCAUCAAGACAGAGUUCUUGGUCCAGAUGCAAGGUGUGGGAAACAACAACGAUGGUAUCUUGGUGCUUGGAGCCACCAACAUCCCCUGGGUGCUAGACGCCGCCAUCCGCAGAAGAUUCGAGAAGCGUAUCUACAUCCCUCUGCCGGAGGAGCCAGCUCGGUCUCAGAUGUUUCGUCUUCAUCUGGGCAACACGCCACACAGCCUGAGCGAGGCUGACAUACGGCAGCUCGCCCAUAAAACGGACGGCUACUCCGGCGCCGACAUCAGCAUCAUCGUCCGUGACGCCCUCAUGCAGCCUGUUAGGAAGGUCCAGUCGGCCACCCACUUCAAAAAGGUUCGUGGUCCAUCCCGAAGCAACAACCAGUUGAUGGUGGACGACCUCUUGACUCCUUGUUCUCCUGGUGACCCUGCAGCCGUAGAGAUGACCUGGAUGGAUGUGCUUAGUGAUAAGCUACUGGAGCCCAUAGUCUGCAUGUCGGACAUGCUGCGCUCUCUGUCCACCACCCGUCCCACAGUCAACACAGAAGAUCUCUUUAAGGUCAAGAAGUUCACAGAGGACUUUGGGAUGGAGGGCUGAGAGACAGAGCCCCACCCCACCCCGCCCUGCCCCACUUCUCCCCGGUCCAAGAGAGGGGUCAAACUGCUCCUAAUAAACCCCCCACCCCCUACCUAAUGCUAUACCAUCCUGUAAGCUUUCAUCUCUCCGCUGAGCGCUUGGUUCACUGCCUCUCACGGAUUUCAAAAUAAAUGACUGGUCUUUUCCGACAAAAAAAAAAAAAAAGGGCAAGAAAUCUUGUACUUGUAAUCAUCCGGGCUCGAGUUUUUGAAUCCUUGGAGGAAGUUGACCAAAUGCUACAAUAGAAAAUCUUGGUGUGAUUUGGUAGUUGGACUAUAGAACCCAUGUCUUUCACCCCAUUUCAGACAAUGCUCCAUGAAAGCAGCCACUACGGCGUAUUCACGACAAGAACUUUUCAUCUAACCUGCGUUGACGUGAAGAAAAGCUGCGUUUGAAUCUAAAAUGCACACAGUUUGUCCCCCUCUGGGCCGAGUCUAUCUGACUGAAGGACUGUACAUUUGUUUGCCUUUGUGCACUUUGCUCCGGGUCGCAAUGAAGGACAGAGACGUUUGAAGAAAACAAAAGCAGAUAGUUCUCCUGCCAGGCAUGCGAGUGUGUGAAUGCAUCUUAAGUGUUUUUAUGAAACUUGUGUGUCUUAAUGUAUAUGUCUAUAUGUUGAGAGCCCUGUUAUUUGAUGAAGAGUUAAUUUAAUGAGUCCUCACUGCCUCAGUGUCCCUUCUACAGCUCUUAGUGUGUCUGCAUCAGGCCGGUACCUCAGUCUGAGCGACGCGUUCAUGUUCAAUAUUUACAAUACAAGAGAUGUGCUUGACUGAGAGCCAAACACCACGUCUCCUCAGUCCAAAACUUGAAAAAGUGUUUGUUUUUUUAACUCAGUCGUAAACCUCUGGUCGGUUUUAAGAAAACAAUCUCACCACAAGGUUCAUUUAGUAGCUAUUUUGGAGCUUUCGGUCAUAUCAUGUGAUCUUCUUCAGCAGAUGAAGCAGUAUUACAAAUGUUCAAAUUCCCAUUUUUUUUCUAUCCACAUUGGCUCAGAAUUUGAGGUUGAAAGUUCAUACUUGACCUUGGAAAACAACAUUGAAUAGCUUUUCCGGAGCUUUUGAUUAUAUCACAUGAUCUUCAUCACUACAGCUUUUAAGCCAGCAUUGAUGAGAAGUCCAUGAAAGAAAUUCUGGGCAACCUGAUGAAGAUCAUGUGAUACGAUUGAAAGCUCAUAGAUGCUGUUUCCAAGGUCGAGAAUGAGCUUUGAACCUCAGCUCCAGUUGCUUUAUUUAAAUCAGCACUCCAUUUCCCAGAAUACACUUGUCUGUGUGGUUGUGUACUGUGAUGUCUUCCCUCUUGGAUUUUCUUUUAUUGAAGUUUGUGUCUGUUGAAAACAGAAAUAUUUUAAUCAAGCACAUCUCUUUAAAUCAAACAUCUUGUUUUAUUUGCCCGAACACUAUUUAUUCAACUUGACUGACUAUAAUAGAGGUACAGUAUGUUUACACUUGAAGUAUUUAUUUUGUUGAUGUUUCAUGAUGGAGUUUUUUUUUCCUUUUGGGAGGCAGAUGUACACACCAAGUUCUACUCUGAGGCAGACGCCACCCUAUUGUUUCAUUACUGUCUGUUCAGGCCUGGCUUUCCUUCUCAAGCUUAAAUAGUGUUUGUCCUGUUGUCAGCUUAGAGACAUAAAGGAAAGCUAGCCCUAGGAGCACACGGUUAGUCAUUUCCAUAUAACCUUUUUAAAUCUGCUAUUAGAUGUUUGUUCUGUACCAUCUCUCUGACCUCUCACUAUUACACCAGAACCACAGGCUUGUCUGCGAACUCAUGUCAUGUGAUAGCUCAGCGCUAGUAUCCCUGUGUGUUUGUGGAGGAGGUACAUACUGGGUCAAGCGUGAGGUCACUUAUUAACGUCCCUGUAAGGGGAUUUAACCUGCCGCUGGUCAUGUAACCAUUACUACUGAUUUAACCUGCAUUAAUAAAAACUGACAUUUCAAAUGACAAAAAGGCA